UUCCAGACCAGUUUCAAAUGAUGCUUAAGGUGGACUCACUUCUCAUAUGCUUCGACUCUGCUUUCGCUGUGCCGAUUCACUGUUGACCAGCGAUAGUCGCCCGGCCGCCGCUGGUCCGGCUGCACCAAGAACUGAGUUUGAAGCAAUUUUUCAUUAUUAAUGGGACCUUGCGUCCACCUCAAGGAUAUUGCAGAAACCAAGAGCUAGCAGCGUUGGCGGCUUGGUUGUGUUUGUUGUGGCGUUUCAAUGGUACCAUAGCCACAGGGUGUUGUUUGCAUGCUGCUUCUGUGGUUUUUUAUAUCGUUCACCGCAGAGCGGUCGACCAUCAUAAUGGUUUUUGACUCGCUUUACCGGCACACCGUGAUAACAGUUGAGGAGUGGGUGUGCAGUUCAGUUUGAUGUUGUUCCUAUGUCUUCUCCAUCACGCUUCACCUCUAUUAAGAACUACCAGUCUUUCUUUUGUGUCCUAGGCUCUGCAGGUCUCUCUCGUUAGCAACUGCUGCGAUUAUUAUCCAUCAGCUUAGCAAUUCCUGAGGAGACUUGUUCACCAAUAGUUUAGAAGAAGGGCUCUUUGGCCCUAUUUUAAAGCUGCGAGUCAAGUGAUUUUAUAACUGAUAAUCGAGGGCCGGUACCCCGAACGACUGCAAGGCAUGGCGGAUAAGGACAGCACUCCAGUGGCUGCAAGUGUUUCGGCUGCGGCUGAUCCACACAGGCCAGUUGCCGACAUGGCAGUGUCCACUGAUUUGCCACGUCAUAUAUCCGGCGAAAUGGGAGAUGUGCAUCUUCGGGGAGAGCCUGUGUGCUCACAAACCGAUGACAGCCUGGGGAGCGCUCGGGGAAAAAAAACUACAAAAACUUCUCAGUCUGCAUUAGAUAGAGACACCAACAGACUAACAUGCGAGCCGACGCCAUCCACUCUUGGUGAAUUCGGAGCACAGUGUGAAACCCAAAGCUGUCAUCACGACCCGGAAGGAGGACUUGCAGUACAGGACAAUGCUUGCGGUGAGACACAGGUGACUUCUUCCCCCGAGCAGCAUCCAGUGGCUAAAGUGGAGGUCUUGCCCGUGAAGGAAGCCUUGGCGGAUCCAACGACCGCAAACAACUCAACAGAAGACCUUGCAACAUUUUAUGUUGAGGGACAUGGUGACAGUGAAGAUACACAAGACACGUCUACUCGAGGCAACAAACCUACCAGUCUGUCGAAUGCUUCGGAAUCUUGUCGAAACGCAAUGUCAAGCGGAGACAGAAAGAGCAAAUCAGAAGAUAUCAGUGCUGAUCCUCACGGCGUCACCAAACGUACGGAGAAGACCACUGUGUUUACCAAAAUUUGGGAGCAGCUCGAGAAGAGAUCGCAAAAAAACCAGUGUCGUGAUUAUAACGACCAUCUAGACGCACCAUCAAAUAGUGAAGAAACCUCGAGAGUGACAAGAGGUUUGGCGCCUACCGGUGGAACAGAAUGCACGAGUGUACCGACUAAGGAAAAAGGCGGCGAGAUGAAUCAACCGAAGUUGCCGAGUGUCUCAACUGGUGGUCCUCAGGACCUUCAACAGCCAAGCCAACUGGGAGAGCAUGAGAAUGACUUGGAUGGGGCAGAUUCAGAACGGCCCAGUUCUGCCGGUGUGAGUAAGCUAAGACAGAUAUUUGAGAAACAUUUGCCACAUCCAGGAAAGGAUUUUCUGAUGCCUCUGUCCCCAUCGUCUAGGAAGUCUAGAACAACAGAGAAUGUGAACGAGGAACCUAAACCAGAGCCGCUGUGGAAGCAGAAGCAGAAAGCCCGUCUUGCGGCAGCAGCAGACGUGCAAACGCGGGUGGCGAGGGCGGUUGACCAGCCAGAGAAAGAAGACGCUUGUAGCACUAUGGUAAAGCUUUCAGAGGAUACCGAAGAGCACAUCAGUGCCGUGUGUGGGCCAGGUGUGGGUGCCCUGAAGGAACAAUUCGAGAAACCGAGACCUCCAGCAGAUAAGUUGACGCUUUCAGUAGUUGAUCAUGAGGUGACAGCAGGAUGUGCUAAUAUAGCGAAAACAAAGGCCCUACUAGCGACAAUUGACAUCGCCAGUCGUUAUGGGCGCGAAUAUCGUCCGGCGAAAGCCCAUGGCACCGACGGAGACCACGGCGACCCCGGAGAAUGCGACCUUCCGUUAUGGGGAGACAGUGAGGACUGCGUCUCGACAAAGCUUCCAGGGACAGCUUUGCAUGAAGCAGCUAGUGAACACGAGGGACAAGAUUGGGUGCACACAUCCGAACACGUUGAGGUUUCUCACCACGCAUGCUCAAAGAUUGAGGCUCUUGCCAACGCAGUAGGUGCAGCGGCUCUGAACAUUGGCAAGGCGCCGCCUCCCAAUCUAAUCAGGAGGGCCAGGCACGCGCCAGAGGUAGACGCUGUGCAGGACGUUGCAUCAUCUUCGGCUGCACAGGUGUCGCACGAAGGGGAGUCCCAUGCAGUGGAGGACCAGCAACGCGAAGGAGCGUUGACUGUAUCGGGAGAUCCGCCCGAGAUAGAACAUGACGGUGGCGGCAGGAUCGGCCAAGAGGAUUUAAAUGUGGCACCAGGGACUAGUCCUUCUGAAACAGUCUUAGGAGUGACGCAUCAAACCGCAGAGGAGGAACCAUCCUUGCCAGUACCUCAUGCUGCCACGGAAGAACAGACUGACGCCGGGCGUGUGAGUCGUCAAGAAUCGCCACUUCAGGACAGGGAGGCAAGCGGUGCAAUCGAAACACAUCAGGUACCCGAGGGCGUAGAGAGACGAGAAGAAACAGUGCCACUGGAGGACGAAGAGCAAUACGAAGAAGCACUGCGACUGGCACCUGAUGAUGAAGAACAGCAAGGGGAACUAUUGAUUCCGGUAUCGGGUGGUGCGGGGGGGGAAGUUCAGUCUGGUGAACACCACCAUGAACUACUCUCAGACGAUGCAAUGGCUGACAGCUGUAAACGAGAAGAGGGUUAUCAUGGAUUUGCUGUCGAUCAUGAUAAUCAUGACGUCCAUUCGCAAGUUACUGACGCGGCAAUAGAAGAGAAUGAAGAUUUACUGGCAGCAGAAGAGUAGAGGACGAUGGGCUUAUUCAUAGGAAACUCUGUAGAAAGACAGUUUGACUGUGGCGUUCGAUGACGAUGUUUGCCACGCCCCUCGAGGGCAUAUCGGUUGGUAUUUUUCUAAAAUCUGGUGGCGAAUUAGGGUCCUGUGCCAAAUGCUUUCUGGCUGGCAUGUGGGUGCGAUAUUAGGUGUCCCCGUAGGUCCAGAAGGAAAUGAUGUUGCUGAUGUUACUGUUCUGAUACAGCGAAAGGUAAUCCGAUUUCGAGUUCGCUUUUGUGAUUACAGCACAACCGUACAACUAGAUCGCAUCUUCCGUAUGUGCUUUUGAGGAAUCUUAUAUCGCGUACUUGUUGUCGUGAUCCAGUUCCUUGGGUCAUGCGCUCCACCAUUCUGAAGCGCCUCCAAAGACAAGUCAGUGCUGACCUCUCCGGGAGCGAGUUCGUUGCUCAGCAGAGAUGGAAAUUGCUGAUGGGAGGGCCAUGUAAAAAUGUGGAUGUGGCUGCUGAUUGUACAUGGAAAUGAAGUGCCUACUAUGUCUUCCAGUAGUGUCAACACAAACGUCAUCAUGGUGGAUGUCCCCUUCUAUAGAACGAUCUCGUCUAGAGGAACUUCUAAUUGUUCACCCUGCUUCUCCAUUUGGCGAAUGCGAUGCGUGGGUUCUUCGAACCGUCAUACAGAAGCCGUAUGGUUUUUGACAGAGGGUUCUGCGUACUGUGUCAGGGUGCCCACUGGUGUUAGACAGUACAUGAAAACAGAUGUUACGUCCCUUAUUUCGCUACAGGCGCAUCCUCGACAAAGUGGUUAAUUAUCAUGUACGUCUCCUUAUACAUGGGGCGUUCUUUUUAGCCACGUGAAUUACACAUCCUUGUAACAACGGGGGGGGGGUGACGUGACGGGGCCGUUGUCCUGUGGGUCCCCCAAGCGAGACACAGUAAGCUGCGGAAAAGAAAUAAACCGAGGUCAUAAAUGGAAAAACAAAGGACGCUACUAUAGUGCAUCGGCGACCAGUAGUCGGCUGUUGCGUGUGGCGUGUUUAGAUGGGGAAAUGCAAGCUGAGUCACCUUCCGGUGUGGGUGUGGCGUCACAUAUGAUCAUACCGCUUUUUUUCUCAUGAAACGGGAAGUGUCCCGUUAAUCUGCAGGCUUGUGAUGGGAAGGUGGACGAUGCUUUGCUUGUUGUGCCACCUAACGAAAAACGGCUGAGUUUUCGAAGAGAGCAUGUGAUGCUUGGUCCGUCCGGUGGUGACUCGUUGACGUCUGGAGACUCCUGCCGCGCCAUCUCUGCAAUGAGCUACUUGUUUGUCAAACCAACCAUCUGUGUGUGUCAGCGGAAUCGUCCUGGGUUACGAUUUUCGUUGGCAGGGAAAAUUGGUGACCACUCAUGUUUUGUUUUCUUCUCUUAGAUGACGGUCCCCUCAACCGUCAAAAUUUC